AUGUUAAUAUUUCUAUUCUCCCUGCUCGUUGUCAUUCUCGGAGGUCUUUUUGUCAAACUUUCAACUUCUUUGAAAAAAUCAUCAUCAACAGCUGACAGCAAAAAAACUCAAAAUUCUGACAAGAAUGAUACACCUCAAAUUACAACAAACAAGAGAGAAUCAAGUGAUGAAUCAUUCCUAGUCAACAAGGAAGAAUUCCAAAAAGUAUUUAAAAAUGUUUCUUCCAAUUUCUUUAAGAAUAUUUCUGAACAAAUUUCUAAAAACAAAGAAGUGUUGAAUUUAAUGCAUAAUUCUGCCAAAAUGCCAAGUAUGAAGGAAUUGAUAUCAACAAUCAAGGGAAAGAGUGAAUCCAAUGUUGUUAUUUUAGCAGAAGAAGAACAAGCAUUGACAGAAAUUGGUGAUGAUGAAGAGACAGUUGACAUUGCUACAACUCCAAUCAUGUCAGAUGAUGAGGAAGAUGAGGAAGAUUUUAGAAAAUCAAUUUCUACUCCAAUUGCUCAAGAUGAUUCUCCUCCUUCACAAGAAACUGUCCUAAAUAAGAUGAAUGAAAAGAGAAAGAAUAUUCUUGCUGAAAUUUUGAGUACUGAAGAAUAUUACGUUAAGGGAUUGUUAAUUCUUGAUUUUGUUUACAAGAAACAAAUUGAACAAAAGAAAAUUGUCGAUCCAAAAGUUUUAAAAACAAUUUUCCAAGAUGUUGACCUCGUGUUAAAUGUCAAUCAACAAUUUUUGACUGAAUUGAGAAAGAUUUAUGAAAAGGAAAGAAAUUUGGAAAGAUCUUUACAAGAUAGAAAGAAUAACUUUUCAAGUUUGGGUGAAUUAUUGAACAGUUAUGCACACAGCUUUAAAUUAUACUCUACUUACAUUGCUGGUUAUAAGAAGGCAUCAGCUGCUUUAUCUGAAGAAAAGAAAAAGAAUAAGAAAUUGACUCAAUUCUUGGAUGGAUUGAAACAAUUGUUGAAGGAUCAAGGUGAGAGAAUUACUCAAUUGGAAAGUUAUCUUGUUACUCCAGUUCAAAGAAUUCCUCGUUACAGAUUAUUAUUAGAAGAUUUGUACAAAAACACUCCAAAUGAUGACACUGCAAAGGGACGUCUUGAAGAAGCUCUUGAAUUGAUUAAAAAGAUUGCUCUCUAUGUUAAUGAUGCCGAAGUCAAAGUUGAAAACAUUCAAGUUACUUCACACAUGGUUCACAAAUUGAAAUUGAAAGGUUUCAUCAAACCAUCAAGAUAUCUCAUUAAUUAUUGGGCUGAAGAAAACGAUUCUCCAAUCCAAUGCAGAGCCAAUACCUCCAGUAAGAUUAACAAUUGCGAAUUGUACAUUUUCAGUGAUAUUAUUGUCUUGCAUAAGAGGUUUGACAGUUUCUUGACCUCAAAGAUUGAAUUGUUGUUAACUAGAAAGGGAACUAAGCAAUCAAGCAAAUUGAUUGUUAAGGAAGUUCAAAUUAAUAAUGGAUCAAAGAAUGGAACCAAUGAUUUGGAUAUUAACAUCAAGUGGAUUUAUGAAAAUAACUCAACCAAACAAUUGACAUUUAUUGCCAAAUCUGCUGACGAUUUGAAGAAGCUUGAAAGCUCCAUUCGUACUGCCAUUAAUGGAUCUUCAACCAAUAGUAUUUCCCUCUUUAAAAAGUAAUUUGUUCAGAGUUGAUUUCCAUAAACAUUUUUUAAUUUCAAAUUUC